AUGGCUACCCUGUCCAGUUAUCCUAAAUUUCAUGCCUUUAGGUUGAAAGGUACACUGAAGGGCAAGCAGGUCAUGAGCUUGGUAGACACAGGUGCCACGCAUAACUUUAUUGAUCAGAAGUUAGUGGAGAGGCGUGGAUUACAGUAUGAGGAGUUUGGCAGUUUUGGAGUGAAGGUGGCAGAUGGUGCAGUUUUGGGUUGUACUAAAUGGAUUCCACAGCUUAGUAUUCAGAUGGGGGAUUAUACUCUGACCGAUGAUUUUUAUGUGCUUCCAUUAGAGGAUUAUGAUGUGGUCUUGGGCAUGCAGUGGUUACAGGGUAUUGGGCAUUACAUUAUUGAUACCACCUCCAAAACACCUACACCUCAGGAUGUCAGGGUAUUUCAUGUUGAUAUUCAGUUAGUAAUGGACCGUCAUGGGAGAGUAUUUGGUGACAUACCUUCUGGAGUGCCUCCAGAUAGAGGUUUUGAGCAUGGUAUAGAGAUGGAGGAUGGAGCGAAGCCAGUGAUUACUACCCCAUAUCGUCAUCCUCGAGCCUAUAAGGAUGAAAUUGAGAAGACUAUUCAUGAGUUGUUGGAUAUGGGUUUCAUUCGGCCUAGUUCUAGCCCCUUUGCUUCUUCUGUAGUGCUUGUUACCAUCAGAUACGUGUACGAGCAGAGGAUGUACACAAGACUACCUUUCGUUGUCACUAUGGGCACUAUGAGUUUUUGUCAUACUUGGGAUGACCAUCUCAGACAUGUUGAGGAGGUACUUAGCAUUAUGGAGAGCCAGUCUCUAUUUGCUAAGUUAUCCAAAUGUGAGUUUGGACUUAGGGAGGUUUUAUAUUUGGGCCAUGUGAUCAGUGCUGAUGAGGUGAAGGUGCAUGAGGAGAAGAUUCAGGCGAUUCGGGAUUGGCCCCGCCCUCAAAACAUUACUGAGUUACGUGGGUUUCUUGGUUUAUGUGCUUAUUACAGAAGAUUUGUGAGAGGUUUUUCUCAGUUGGCACCACCUUUGACAGACCUCACAAAGAAAGUGGCGUUCAGAAGGACAGAACAGGCACAGGGAGUCUUUGAUAGACUCAAGGAGGUUAUGAGCACUUGUCCAGUUUUGGCAUUACCUGAUUUCUCGCAGCCAUUUGUCCUAGAGUGUGAUGCUUCAGGUCUAGGCAUAGGAUCUAUGUUGAUGCAAAAUAGACAUCCCAUUGCCUAUGAGAGCUAG